CCACUGUGUCCUCGCAGCAUAUAUAGGCGAGCCCGGCGGUAACUUUGGCUGCCUCCUGCCUUCGCUGCGGGGCCGGGGCUGGUGCGGGGGCUGUUGGUGGCAGUGUCGGUGGUGGCACUGGUGGUGGUGGCAGCGGCAGCAGCAGCAGCAGCAGCAGCAGCAGCAGCAGGCGGCGCCGCUCCGUCCCGGCCCGCCGGGGGCUGAGGGCUCCGAGCCGGCCGGGCUGUGCCGCCGGGGCCGCCGCCGGAGGAGGAUGGAGCCGGGCAAGGAGGGUAAGCCCGGCGAUGCCGAGCCGGCCGCAUCCUUCCAGGCCCGGCUGUGGAGGAACCUGCAGCUGGGGGGCAAGCGCCGCACUGCGGAGCCCCCGGCCCCAGCGAGCGCCAAGGGGGAGCCGGCGGCCACGGGGCGCUGGGGGGGGCUCCGGCGGCGGCGGCAGGCGCUGGACCGCGUCUUCUCGUCCUCCCAGCCCAACCUGUGCUGCUCGGCCGCCGAGCCCCCCGAGCAGGGCGGCGAGGCCGGCUCCGCCCUGCGCCGCCCGCCCGAGCACCGGCCGCCCCCCGGGAAGGCCCCGCCGGCCGCCCGGUCAACCCCCGCCGCCCCCCCCUCCGCCCGGCCGGGGGGCGAGCAGGGUCCCGGGGGCGGCUCCGAGCCGUGCCGGCGGCCCGGGGCGCACCUGUCCCACCAGAAGAGCUCCUCGCUGCCCAGCACCGCCUGCCUGGAGCAGCUGCUGCAAGGCUCGCCCUCCGCCGGCACCAGGAGCCAGGCGAAAACAAGUUCAGUUGGAGCUAGUAAUGCAGAUUUUCCCUCUGAGGAUCCCGGAAUGUACCAGUUGGACAUUACUUUAAGAAGAGGACAGAAUUUAGCAGCAAGGGAUCGUGGAGGAACCAGUGAUCCAUACGUCAAGUUCAAACUUGGAGGAAAAGAAGUAUUUAGAAGUAAAACAAUACAUAAGAACCUCAAUCCUGUAUGGGAAGAAAAAACUUCCAUUCUUAUAGAUAAUCUGAGAGAACCUAUAUAUAUAAAGGUGUUCGACUAUGACUUUGGACUUCAAGAUGACUUUAUUGGAUCAGCAUUUCUGGAUCUCACUUCAUUAGAAUUAAACAGGCAAACAGAUGUUACUUUGAGUCUGAAGGAUCCUCAUUAUCCAGACCAUGAUCUGGGAAGUAUAUUGUUAUCAGUUCUGUUGGCUCCUAGAGAAGAACAGCGAGAAGCGACAAUGCUAAUGAGGAAGAGUUGGAAAAGAUCAAGUAAGUUUCAGACCCAGAGCUUACGCCUCUCAGACCUGCACAGAAAAUCUCAGCUAUGGAGAGGGAUAGUUAGCGUUACCUUGAUAGAAGGUCGUGAACUUAAGGCGAUGGAUGCAAAUGGGCUAAGUGACCCUUAUGUGAAGUUCCGUCUGGGGCAUCAGAAGUACAAGAGCAAGAUUGUGCCAAAAACUUUGAAUCCUCAGUGGAGGGAGCAGUUUGACUUUCAUCUCUAUGAAGAGCGAGGUGGAAUUAUUGAUAUUACCGUGUGGGACAAAGAUGCUGGCAAAAAGGAUGAUUUUAUUGGCAGGUGCCAGGUUGACCUGUCAACCCUAAGUAAAGAGCAAACUCACAAGCUGGAGAUGCCGCUGGAAGAAGGGGAGGGAUACCUGGUGUUGCUGGUCACUCUGACAGCCUCUGCUGCAGUCACUAUCUCUGACCUCUCUGUCAACUCUCUGGAGGACCCAAAGGAACGGGAGGAAAUACUGAAGAGAUAUAGUCCAAUGAGGAUGUUCCAUAACAUGAAGGACGUGGGAUUUCUUCAGGUGAAGGUCAUCCGAGCAGAAGCACUGAUGGCAGCUGAUGUUACAGGUAAAAGUGACCCAUUUUGUGUAGUUGAACUGAAUAAUGACAGACUGCUGACACAUACCAUCUACAAGAACCUCAAUCCAGAAUGGAACAAAAUCUUCACAUUCAAUAUUAAAGACAUCCACUCAGUGCUUGAAGUGACAGUUUAUGAUGAGGACCGCGAUCGGAGUGCUGACUUUCUAGGCAAAGUUGCGAUACCACUGCUGUCUAUUCAAAAUGGUGAACAGAAAGCCUACGUCUUGAAAAACAAGCAGCUGACAGGGCCAACAAAGGGGGUCAUCUAUCUUGAAAUAGAUGUGAUUUUUAAUGCUGUGAAAGCCAGCAUACGAACCUUAAUGCCCAAAGAACAGAAGUACAUUGAAGAGGAAAACAGACUGUCUAAACAGCUGCUGUUGAGAAACUUCAUCCGCAUGAAACGUUGUGUCAUGGUGCUCAUAAAUGCCGCCUACUACAUUAACAGUUGCUUUGACUGGGAUUCACCCCCAAGAAGUCUUGCUGCUUUUUUGCUUUUUCUUUUUGUGGUCUGGAACUUUGAGCUCUACAUGAUACCACUGGCUUUGUUGUUGCUGUUGGCAUGGAACUACUUCUUGAUCAUAUCGGGGAAAGAUAACAGGCAACAUGAUACAGUAGUGGAGGACAUGCUAGAGGACGAGGAAGAAGAGGAUGACAGAGAUGACAAGCAGAUGUUUGUGGACAUACAGCUCCUAAGUGACAGAGACUUCAGAUAUCUAGAGACUUUGCUACGGGCUUUUUGCUACCAGGACAGUGAAAAAAAAGGAUUUAUGAAUAAACUGUAUGCCAUCCAGGAGGUGUGUGUUAGUGUCCAGAACGUCCUUGAUGAAGUGGCUUCCUUUGGAGAAAGGGUAAAGAACACAUUCAACUGGACUGUUCCUUUCUUGAGCUGGCUGGCAAUAGUUGCCCUCUGUGUGUUCACAAUCAUCCUGUAUUUCAUUCCACUGAGAUACAUUGUCCUUGUCUGGGGCAUCAAUAAAUUUACGAAGAAGCUUCGAAGUCCAUAUGCAAUUGAUAACAACGAGCUGCUUGACUUCCUGUCCAGGGUUCCUUCAGAUGUGCAAGUGGUGCAAUAUCAUGAACUGAAACAAGAUCCCAGUCACAGCCCAAGCAAGAGGAAGAAAAACAAUCCUGGCUAGCCAGCUUCAUGUAUUGAAGAAACUAGCAUCUGCUGGGGGAAGAUAAAAGGAGAAGCCUACAGCCUAAGCAGCGUUUCCUUUCUCUAAGCUUUUUAUUUAUUUUGCCUUUUUAUCUAAUGGGGAGAAUUUGUAAAUACUGUAUAAAGGCAUUUCUCAUUGACUAUAUACUUAGCACUGUAAAGACACAUUUGAUGAAGGUUUCGAGUAGGGCUUUUGCUGAUUGAAAGGCUUGUUAGAAAUAGUGUGACACGUUAAAGAAAUCAAUGAAGAAUGGUAAACACGCACUGCUACUCAAUGGUCAGAGAUAUCUGAAAUAUUCAAAUCAUGAUGAUUAAAUCUACAAAGGGUGUAAAUUUAAAUCUGACUCAAAAAUACUGUAAAAUUUUAUUUGUGAACCUUAGUAUUUUUAUCCAGUGAGCCACCAUUACAAUUUUCUAUGUUUUAUACAUCUCAGCAGAAACACAAUGUAGUGAAACCUACUGCACUUAAGUUUUAGCAAAUUUUUUUGAACUCCAGACUGUGGUGUUAACUCCUGGAGCAACAUAUUCCUGUGCAGUAGGGCUGCCUGUAAGCUAAAGAGAAACACCAAAUGCAGAUGUCUUUCUGGAGCUCCCAAAAGAAUUUCCUGCCAUUUUUAUCAUUCCAUUAUAAGACCUAAAAAUCUCUGUCUCUCUCAAAAUACUGCCAGGUUUGUAAUUGAUUGCCUAUCUGAUUUUUUUAUACGUACCAGUAAUCUUCAUUUGUACUACAUAGUUUAGUGAAUGAAGUCCAUAGUUCUGCUGUAAUGGAAAUACUAUCAAACUAACUCCAUAUUGCUUUGGGUGUCAUGCUAUGAACACCUUUUGUGCACAUAACUAUUUUAAUAGAGAAAUCUUGCAGAAAAUGUUUUUGCUUUCAAAUCACAAGGUCAUACUUAUAUGCUUUAUUAUAUAACACAUUACCUGUUACCAAUGUGAAAUCUAGUGUAGAGGAAAAAAUGCAGUUGUGGUUAAACUGAUAUACCAGUUUUAUUUCCUUAGCUAAUAAUGUAGUCAGUUCUGAUAACUGUGCCCUACUGCAUGGAAACUGCGUUAUUUUAUAAAUUGAACAAAACUUAGAGUAGGAAGGUUUACAUUUCAGAGGUUUUAGUGGCCACUUCAUAACGAGUGCUUGGGGAUAUAUUCUGAUACCUGCUUGUAGACUUUCAUGCUCAGGUCCCCACAUAAUGAGCAGAGAAUUCAUUCCUAGGGGACUACCUGUGCACAGCUCUUAGCCGUAGCUCCCAGUGACUUUAAAGGGGAUUUUUGCCCAAGUGAGAGCUGCAGAAUUCCGUCCUCGAGAGGAGUUCUUCCUGUUGCUCUCUGUGGGUUACCUCUCAUUGGUUGCAAUUGCUGAUAAAGUUAUAUUGCACUACUCUAACAAUACUUUUUGAAAAGACUAUUUAGAAAUACUUUGCAAGCAAAUGUAUAUAUAUUUCUCUAAAGAAUUCUAUGUUAGCUGCAUUGCUCAUGAAAUAUCAUUCUGACUUUGUUUAUUUUACAGAUAUGUUGAUAGCCAGUUUCUGAUAUAACAGUUAUUUUGAUCUUGUUAUUUGUAUGUUUGAAAGAAUGCCACUCAAGUAACUGUUCUGUAGAAAGUCUUAGACCUAAAUAUGCUCGUUACAUCAUGAUUUUUAAUUAAUUAAUUUGCAAAGCUUACCUAACCACCUUUUCAUUAUAUGUUGCCCAAAGAGCAGCAUACUAUUGAUGAAGAAAGAUUCACUGACAAGCCUUCUUUGUUAAAAAAAGAUAAACAAACAAGCAAAAAAAAAAUUUCUAACUCGACAAAGUGCGAAUAUUUGUUGCCAGUUGUCACUUAUGCAAAGUUCUUUGAUACAUUGCAAGCCUUGUAUUUUCUUAAUAUUACCCUUCAUUCUGUGUGCAAUCUCCUGUUGUGUUGCUUUUUUUGUUUUGUUUUUUGUUUUUGUUUUCUUUUUUCUCUGUACUCAAUUUCAAGUGUCCUAUGUGGUGGUAAUGUCUUGACUUAUACACAUUUACUGCAUUAAACACAGUUUUAAGCAUCUCUAUACUAAUAGCAGGAAGCAUCUUUUUUUGAAGUUCUACAGUAUCAUUUUCCCUGAGUGGCAUGAAGGACAAGUGAAUGAAAGCACCAUAUUUCUUUGUGCAGGAUUUCAGUGUUUUAAGCUCAAAAACAUGUAAGUGCAUGGACAGAGGAAGGAGGCCACGAGUUUGUUGAAACUUGCUAAGCUUCUGUUAAUGCCUCAGUCUUUUAAAGCUGAUCUCACUGGAAAUGCAAUGCACAGAAGUAGGACUAACUCAGAACACACUAUCAUUUUUAACUGAGGUCUCUACUUGCCAAAAUAGAACAUUAUAAAACUAUGUUUUAAAAUAAUUUAAUUAGUCUGAGCCCCUUUUCAAUAUUUAAGUUUAUCUCUGUGGGAGAGGCCUCUUCAGAGAUUUGAUCCUGCCUUAUACUGUAAAUACUUCAAUGUAUCUUCAAUUUCCAGUUUGGCUCUAAAGUCAACUUCUAACCUUGUGUGGUAACCCUCUAACUUAUAACCUUCUGAUUUGUCUGGUAUUAUUCCUAAAUAACUUGUCCAUAUGUAAACAAUCAGGAUUGAACAAUGUCUAUCAUUAUCAUGAAAUUCUUUCUGCUCUAGGGAGAGAAAGUUUAACAGCUUCAUUUGGGUCCACACUUCAAGCAGGUGUUGGAACACUUGGUGUCCACUGGAGGCUAUUUGUCUGAAGUUCUAGUUCCAUUUCUGCUGCUACCUCAGAGUACAAUCAGAAGAUGCAAUUGAAACAAUAACAAAAAAGGGACAAAGAGAAAUUCAUUUCUCUUUGGGACAAAGAGAAAUUCAUUAAGAAGGCCACAUAUGUGCUAACGUGUGCUUUAGCAUCAAGAGGAAGAGCCGUUGGACCUGACAGCAAUGCACUAAUGUAUUUCAUUCCAGGGUAGCCCAGGAGUUCAAAGCAAGAAAAGAAGGGAAAAAUUUAUUCUCUAGUCAGCAUUAGACCACGUACCAGCCACUCAAAGCGUGGUGAGACAUUCGCAGCUCACUCCCCAGCAGCAAGAGAUCCCUACCUGCAGAAGGGCACAUUCCACCUACGCCUCCUUUCCGUGCUCAGCUGCAGAAGUCGUGCUGGCAGCCAGACACAGGCUUCUUUACAUUUCUGAGCCUGCUUUUCUUUUGAGGACAAACUUUUUCCUCCCAACUGGGCUAAUUUCCAGAUUGCUGUGCAGCUGCUUCUAUUAAAGCUGAUAAUCUCCCACCCCCACCUAAACUGCAAAUUUUCAGUAACUACCUCUUCCUUUGGAAUUUUUCUGAAAUCUCGCAGAGGUGAACAACCAAAGAUUUUUAAGACAUACACAGUUGCAAUUAUAGGUGUUUUUCAGUGUGAAGGACUGGAUUUCCAUUGCUUUGUGCCUAAUUAGAGUACGGAAUAAAAGGAAUGUAUUUUCUGACACUUAAAGGAGAAAUUCAACUACUCCCAAAUGAAAUGCGAUCUUCAGAUGUCAACCGAGAAAAAGUGAAGGCUUUAAAAGAACAAACUGCUCUCCACUCGGUCACUUGCACCUGGUUGAAAGCAUCAUGCAAUUGGCUGAUCAGUGGAGAGGGAAGCAGAAGGACUGAGGGUGAGGAUGAUGUUCAUUUAGGCACAGAGUGGCUAACCUCCAGGUGGUGCUCUCCCUCUGCUCUUGGUAGGAAAAGAAAAGAUCCUUCUCUUCCUACCAAAAAAGUAAUUAAUCUGCCCUAAACAGCCUUUAUCUCUCCAUAUUUCUCCAGGUUUAAAAUAUGGUGAACUGCUUCAGUUGACUAGGCUUAACCUUUGUUGCAAAUGCUACAUCUUGUCCUUUGAAAGCAGCCUCUCUCUCAGGAAAAAA